UCGCACCAACUACAUACUUUUACAUACUCGGCUGCGCUCGAAGUAAAUUCUCGUACUUUUCUGUUGGUUUCGUAGUAAUUUUUCGCCUUUUCGUUGUCAAAUGAAAGCGGGAAAAUCAGAGAAAAGUGCAAAAUAACUAAAUAUAAAGUGUAACAAAUAUAACUGUUAGAAAAAUGCCAUUUGAUUGUGUACUGUAAUAGCGUAAACAAAAGUGUUUUGAUUGUUUGUGCAGGUGCAAAAUCGAUCUAGUGAACUGAAAACUGCGACUCCAAAAUCGGUCGAGUUAGCGAAUUUUUGCCCCGAUUGUUGUUAUUGGAAAAUGUUGUUCGUUUGGGAAAAUUGUGCCAUCGCAAUUUUGUAGUGUGCGUGCGUGUGUGUGUACCGUGUGUGCGUGUCGAGUGUGUGUGCCAGUAAAUUAAGUUAAUUAAAAACUUAGCUAACUCUCGAUUCCACCGCCCCCGCCAUGAGUAACUACCAUCCGCAUUCGCAUCCGCACGCGCUCUCGCAUCCGCAUCCGCAGCAGGUCCAUAAUCAGCUGCAGAAUCCCCACCAGAACCAGUUGCCGCCCCCGCAGCGCCAUAACCAUGUCGCGUCCACAGCAGCAGCCUCCGCCUCCGGAGCGCCAUCAUCAUCGGCAUCGGCAUCAGCAUCCAUCCUGGUGGCUCAUCCUCCCCAGCCGCUCAUCAGCAACUCGCUGGCCAUCCGGCAGGAGAUCCAGCGAUUCGAGAGUGUCCACCCAUCCAUCUAUGCCAUAUACGAACUGAUCGAUCUGCUGCCCAUGGCCGAUGCCCAGAUAGCCCAGUCCAUUCGGGACCAUGUGGUCUGCAUUGAAGAUUCGUUUGUGAACAGUCAGGAAUGGACCAUUUCUCGUUCGGUGCCAGAUCUGAGGCUGGGAAUCGUCGGUUCCCUGAACUCCGGCAAGUCGGCCCUGGUGCAUCGCUAUCUCACCGGAUCCUACAUGCAGGAGGAGUCACCCGAAGGUGGUCGGUUCAAGAAGGAGGUCUUCAUCGAUGGCCAGAGCUACUUGCUGCUCAUUCGCGACGAGGGUGGAGCUCCCGAAAUGCAGUUCGCUGGCUGGGUGGAUGCGGUAAUCUUCGUGUUCAGCCUGGAGAACGAGGGCAGCUUCAAUACCAUCUACAACUACUAUACGAAAAUGGCGCAUUUUCGAAAUGGCCAGGAAAUACCCAUGAUAUUGGUCGGCACGCAAGACGCCAUCAACGAGCGCAAUCCUCGCGUGAUUGACGACACCCGUGCCAGGAAGUUGGCCAGCGAUCUGAAGCGUUGCUCCUACUACGAGACCUGCGCCACCUACGGCCUGAAUGUGGAGCGUGUCUUUCAGGAUGCCUGUCAAAAGAUCCUCUCGCAGCGCCUGCCUUUGCCACCACAGGUGCAACCGGCGAGACCCACAACUCCGCAGGGCAAUCGCCUGGGAUUGGCUCCCUACCAGGCGCCCACCAAUGGACAACGUGGCCAGCAGCAGCUACCACUGCGAAUGAGUGCGGAUUUCGCACAGGCGGAGCAGAAACUUUGGUCGCUGCAAGCGGCCAGCAGUGCCACCACAAACGAGAAUAACAACAUCACCAAAUACAAUCCCGGAGCGGCCAAUUCGCUGCAGGGUGAUUGCUCCCAGGUGCAGUUGCGCGAUCCACGUGAUCUGGCGCCACCACCGGGUAAGGAGCUGCCCACACCCACCUCGACGCCCACGACGAGCCGCAAGAGCCGGCGACGUUCCAACCUCUUCAUCCCCUCCUCUUCGAAGAAGGCCGACAAGGAGAAGGAGCCAAAAAGCAGUGAGCUGGGCAGUGGACGUUCCAUACCCAUCAAACAGGGCUACCUGUACAAGCGAUCCAGCAAGUCCUUGAACAAGGAGUGGAAGAAGAAGUAUGUGACCCUGUGCGAUGACGGCAGGCUCACCUAUCAUCCCUCACUGCACGACUACAUGGACGAUGUGCAUGGCAAGGAGAUUCCGCUGCAGUACGUCACCGUGAAGGUGCCGGGACAGAAACCUCGUGGCUCCAAGAGCAUCAUCACGAACAGUGCGCUAACCAGUUCACUGAUGGCUAAUGGUCAAAGAGCUCAGAACACGAUCAGCGAUGGCAUCGGUUGUCUCACCCUGGCGAAGGACAAUCAGCGCAAGCUGAGCGAGAAACUAUCGCUACUCGGAGCCGGAUCCAUUGCAGCUGGCGCCGGUGGAGAGCCUUUGAAGUCGAACAGCUCACAGCAGACGAGCGGGGACGAGGGCAUAGCCAUGUCCAAUUCAAAUUCACAGACUUUUAUCGCCGGAGAAGUGGCCAAUGCGGGAAACAAGCUGGAGGCCCAGACGCCGAACGUGAAGAAGCGACAUCGGCGCAUGAAGAGCAGCAGUGUCAAGGCGAACGAGGCGGACGACAACGAUGGCUAUGAAUUCUACAUCGUAUCGCUGGACUCCAAGCAGUGGCACUUCGAGGCCGCCAAUUCCGAGGAGCGCGACGAGUGGGUAGCGGCCGUCGAGCAGGAGAUCUUCAAGAGCCUACAGAGCAUCGAGAGCAGCAAGACCAAACAGGCCACAAGCACUGAUCUCGCUGCCAUGCUGGCCAUCCGUCAGCGGGUUCCUGGCAACGGCUUCUGCGUCGACUGUGGAGCGCCAAAUCCUGAAUGGGCUAGCUUGAACUUGGGCGUACUCAUGUGCAUCGAGUGCUCGGGCGUGCAUCGCAAUCUUGGCUCGCACAUAUCGAAGGUUCGCUCUCUGGGCCUGGAUGACUGGCCAUCCCCGCAUCUCAGUGUGAUGCUGGCCAUUGGCAACAGUCUGGCCAACUCGGUUUGGGAGUCGAACACGCGGCAGCGGGUCAAGCCCACUUCGCAGGCCAGUCGCGAGGACAAAGAGCGAUGGGUGCGCAGCAAGUACGAGGCCAAGGAGUUCCUGACCCCACUGGGCAACGGAUCCUCAGCGCAUCCCAGCCCGAGUCCGGGUCAGCAGUUGAUCGAGGCUGUGAUUAGGGCGGACAUCAAGUCGAUCGUUUCGAUCUUGGCCAAUUGCCCGUCCGAGGUGACCAAUGCGAAUGUCAGCGCAAGAGAUGUGCGAACUCCACUGCUGCUUGCCUGUGCCAUAGGCAAUCUAGCCAUAGCACAGCUGCUCAUAUGGAAUGGCGCCAACAUCAAGCACACGGAUCAUGAGGGUCGCACUUGCCUGGCCUACGCUCGAGCGGCACAAUCCCUGGCCACCGCCAAGUCGAUCAAAGCCGCUGCAGCUGCGCAGGCGGGCACAACGAUUCCGGCUCCUGCUCCGCCCACAAACGGUGGCAUUCCUGCUCCCCAAUACAAUGUCGAGGACACGACGGCGCUGGUGGAGCUGCUCGAGGGACUGGGCUGCCCAGAGGCGGCUCCUCUGACGGCCAGUGGCACUUUGCCUAGGAGACGCGACACGUUGGGCACUCCGUACGAGAAGUCGGUGUCGGGUGUGAUCUGAAUUAGUUAAAAUUGAAAUAAGAUAAACGUGAAUUUUCAUUAGUUUUUGUUGUUCAUGACGGACUUAGUUUAAAUUUGAGCGUAAAAAAUGUAUAGCGUUUAGAGUGUUUAGGUUUUAGGAAUGUUGUGCAAAUGUUUAAUAUUAUUAUUAUUUGGCAAGUGUUGAAUGGAAAUUCACAAGUUUUAUUUAUGUUUCCUUUUAGUUUGUUUAGUUCUUAAGCCAUGGAAACCUGUACAGCCUUGUUGUAAUCUCAAGUGUAUAAUUUAUUAUUUUCGUAUUACGUGAAACUAUUAUUAUUGUUUUUUUUUAAUAGUGCGCAGGUUUUUAAAUCGUUUGCAAAACAAUUAUUUAGUAACUAUUGUAACUUUCGACAACCAUCAGCAGAUUGCAAAAGACUUCACGUAACAAAAACAUACUUCUACAACCUAAACAAUAGAUAAAAGCUGAUGCAAAAUAUACGUAUAAACGAAAUGAAUCUAAGAUUAAAGCCAAAAACAAACUUAUGCUAAACAAUAUACACGAACAUAUAUAUAUUAUAUACAUACAUAGUUGAAAUUGCUUGAUAAUCGGUUUAAACAAAUGAACACGCCCAAAAUGUAGCUUAUGCAGAACCAAAAUCACAAAAUUCUUUGCUAUAUAAAUUCCAAACAGAAAUAACUCGUUUUAGAUAUUAUGCUGCGGAAAAAUUGGAUUCUGAUUGUAUGGAAUCUGGGUAGACAAAAAUUUAAUUGAAAGUAUUUCAAAACUAUUAUACAAGAUAGUUAUAAAUCUAAAUAUUACUAUAUGUAUACACCCCUAUGUAUUGUGUACGCUAUUUGUACGAAUUACAAACCACAAAACGUGACAAACUCAAUCUAAUUGGAAGGAAAAGUAGCACACAAAAACCACAAAAAAAAA